AUGUCGCCGUUGAUCAAUCGAAGUGUUGAUGUAUUAAUGGAAAAAUUAACUGAUCAAUAUCGUCACCAUAAACCAUUUGAUAUCUAUGCCUUUUUUAAGCGAUUUACAAUGGAUACAAUUUGGUCGUGUGGAUUCGGUCUCGAUACUGACAUGCAGAAUAAUCCAAAUGAUCCCUAUCUUGUCCAAUCACAACAAGUAUUUACCGAAGAGAAUUCUAUAACUAAGCUAAUUCUUUUGUAUUUAUACGUCACCGAACUCAAAUGGCUGUGGAUUAAACUCUAUCAAUUCGAUAAUACUCUUCGAUAUUUGCUUCGUCAUUAUCUACCUGUGACACGAAGGUUUAUCAACGAUGAACCAUCAACAUGGAUCGAGAAACAGGCACAACAAUUGAUUAAGAAACGUAUCGAAUUGGGUCAUACAGACCGAAUGGAUCUAUUACAAUUGAUGCUAGCAUCUGUUUCGGAUGACGACUUCAUAAAAGAUCAACCAGUGAAAACUGAAACUAAUGUUGACACUGAUAUUGAGCCACCGCUAGUUCGAAAAAUGACCAAACAUGAAAUUGCCUCAAAUAUUUUUCUCUUCAUGAUUGCUGGCUAUGAAACGACAAGUACGGCACUUGCCUAUGUGUCGUAUGUUCUUGCCACUCAUCCCAAUGAACAGAGUAAAUUACAAGCACAUAUCGAUGCUCAUUUCGAUUCGAUUACUGAAGAUGAUAUGCCAAAUUAUGAAAAGAUUUCGGAAAUGGACUACUUAGAUAUGUUUAUUCGAGAAACUCUCCGUAUGUAUCCAAUUGCACCGAAUGCCGUCACUCGACAGAAUACGAAAGAGUUUCAUAUCGAUGGUGUAGGCGUUAUUCCGAUUGGUACUAGUAUUACUGCGAAUCAAUACAGUUUGCACUUCAAUCCUGAUCUUUGGGGUCCAGUCGAUCCACAUACAUUCUAUCCAGAACGAUUUACUACCAAGCGGCAUCCACUUGCAUGGGUUCCAUUCGGUGCUGGACCGCGAAACUGUGUUGGAAUGCGAUUUGCACUAAUGGAAAUGAAAAUAGUACUAGUUCGACUUCUUAAAAUCUAUUCGAUUAUCGAUUGUGGUGAACAAACGCGCCAAUCUAUUGAAGAACUCGAAGAAAUGAAAGUUAUUGCACCAAAAAAUAUGAUUGUACGUUUGCAACGUCGAGAUGAACAAAUAUCAUAA